GUGAAGAAAGACAAAAAAAAGUUUCAAGAGAACUAUACUUUGUUCUUUAUCUCUUCUUUCUUUCUUUCUCAAUGUCAAACAUUUCGGGAGAUGAUGAACCUUUCAAGCAUUACAGUGCUUCAACACCAACAAAUAGUGAUGGAUCUUCAAUUCAACAGCAGCAAGCUCCAAAAGACAAGAAGAAGAGAAACCCACCUGGAAAUCCUGAUCCAGAUGCUGAAGUGAUAGCUUUAUCACCUAAAACCCUCAUGGCUACAAAAAGAUUCAUAUGUGAAAUUUGCCAGAAAGGGUUUCAAAGGGACCAAAACCUUCAAUUACAUCGACGGGGCCAUAAUCUUCCCUGGAAGCUGAGGCAAAGAACCAGUACAGAAACAAGGAAACGAGUCUACGUUUGUCCAGAAACUUGCUGUGUUCACCACCAUCCAUCUCGAGCUUUAGGUGAUCUUACAGGGAUUAAGAAACAUUAUUCCCGUAAACAUGGUGAAAAGAAAUGGAAAUGUGAUAAGUGCUCAAAAAAGUAUGCAGUGCAAUCUGACUGGAAAGCUCAUUCAAGAACUUGUGGUACAAGGGAAUAUAAAUGCGAAUGUGGUACCAUCUUCUCCAGGAGAGAUAGUUUCGUCACGCAUAGAGCUUUCUGUGACGCCCUAGCUGAAGAAAACAGCAAAAUUAGCCAGGUGUUAGCAGCCAACAAGGGAGGUACUAAUAUAGAAAGCCCGGAAGAUCUUGAAACCAUGUCAACGAGGACAUUCGAGAACAAGCUUGGCACAUCCAUGGCAGCACCUGACUUAAGCCACCUAGAUGGGACAAUCUCAAUGAUGAAGACGCCACCUAAUGAACUUAUGCAGAUGUCUAUGGAACCAUUAAACAUUGCUGGAUUAACCAUGUUCCCUUCAACACUUUUAGGCAGCCCAAGAAACCUAUCCUUUCCAUCUUCACGUCCUCAGCUGAGCACAAAUUCACCAACAGUCUUGAAAGGUUAUAAUGACAGCAAUAGCAAAUGCCACCAAGAAGCCAGUAUAGCCCAGUUUUCAGCAACAGCCCUGAUGCAGAAAGCAGCUCAAAUUGGUUCAAUCAUGAGGAGCAAUAUAAGUUCUCCAAUGGUGCAAAAGGGUUUUACUCCAAAUAUGGCACCGUUGUCCUACAAUGGAACAUUAAAGUAUUUGAGCGAUACGAACAUAUUUCAUCAAAGGGGAACAGAAAAGGUUUCAGCAUCAGAUCAGCUUCAUGACCCCCUUAGUAAUGGAGAUGAGAGCUCCAGAAUGCAGAAUUUGGGAACCAACAACGGUCUAUUAUUUAACGAAAACCUGGAUUUCUUGCAUAAUAAUGAGGGCGCUUGUGAUGCAGAUGAUGGUGAUACAACUAUAAAUGGAAGGAACCAAGCAGGGAUUUAUGCAAGAAGUCUCAAGAACUCGAAUUUCAUGACUCUGGAUUUAUUGGGGAUCGGUGGAUUCGGACAUACAGUUUUUCAUGGAAUGCAGCAGCAAGAGAUGGAUGUUGAAGCAGCCACAACAGUACUAGAGGAUGCAAGCUGCAUCGGAUACGUUUCAGCAACGGAUCAUUCAACUCACAAUUGAGAAAUUCACCUGGGAUUCUUGAUAUCGAAAUUAUGUAUUCUAGACAAGCACUUCUUAUCUGUCAAGAAUCGU